AUGACUGGCUUUACUGCUAUAAUUGUGUUCUUAUUUGCAGGGGACUCUACAGCUGAAGAGAAGAAGAUGAAGCCUCUUACCAGACUGAAUAUUCAUUCUGCUUUCUGGAUUUUGGCCUCCAUUGCUGUGACAUACUACUUUGAUUUUUUUAAAACUGUUAAAGAAACGGUGCAAGCAGAUAGUUGGUGGCUUGCCUGCGGCACUUGUUUAUUAGCUGUGUGUUUAUCUGUUGCCUUUUACUGCAUACUGUAUCUGGAGUGGUACUGUGGAAUUGAGGACUAUGAUGCACAGUAUCCAGCACUGAUACCUAUCACAACAGCUACCUUUAUAGCAGCAGCAAUUUGUUUCAAUGUUGCCUUGUGGCCUGUCUGGUCGUUUUUGACACCUUUGUUACUCUUCAUUCAGUUUAUGGGUGUGGUGAUGCUUGUGUCACUCCUGGGAUAA